CAUUCUGUCGCUAUGAAAUUUAUAAAUUUGAUAUUUUGAUCAAAUCGUGAUAUUUGCCAGUUUUAAAAGAGGUAGGAUUGUUUGCCAUUAUCGUGUGAAUCAUGCGUGCUUUGCGCCAUUAUCUCCAAUUUCGCCCUUGCCACAAAAUGACACUACAAAAAGAUCUACCCCGCCACCCAACAUCAGACAAUCCCAACUGUAUAUUGCAACAUCCAGUAAGGCUACCACACUUGCCGUCUCCAACAAUUAAUUUUCAUGCCAACACGCCCAUCACCGGCAUUUGCCGUUAUCAUCAUCCCCCAGAUAACUAUGCCAUGACGAACCGGGCCUACUUCUACCACCUCCGCUUCGAGCUCUUCCCCAAACCCUACACCGGCUUUGUCGACAAAACAGCUCCCGACGUUGACGGCGAAACGAGAUUACCUGCUACACUAGUAUCAUUCUCUGAUUCCCUACCAAAUCACUUCAAGCUUCCCGUCGCGGGAGAUAAUAACCAUCGCACCACCACUUUAGAAGCUACAAACGAAACUACACGACAUUCUACUAUCGACGACGUCACAGACGCGCUCAACACCCCACCCCCCGGACGCCACGGCUCAAUAAUAGACUGCGGCCCCCGCCGCGCCGACAUCCACCGCGACUCCCCCCGGCACGACCUAGCGCCCGCACCGCUCAGCAGACGCUGCGCCGAGGAAGCAGCGCGCGACUGGCGCUUCGGCCGCGUUCGGGCGUCGAGUAUACAGAUGGGCGAGAUGGAGGGAGGCGGGAGCGGGGCGAAGAGCCAGGGGGCGAGGGCGAGGGUUGAGGAGGUGAGGUUGAGGGGGCGAGACUUUUGGGGUGGGGGAGGUGGAGGAGGGGGGGAGGGGAGGGAGGGGGUGGUGGAGGGGGACGAGGGGCUGGAUACGACGAUGCUUUGUAUUCCGGCGGUGCCGAGUUAUAUGACUGCGAGUGAUUUUUUGGGGUGGGUUGGGGAGAAGACGAGGGAGCUGGUGAGCCAUUUUAGGAUGGUUAUGACGGGGAGGAUGAAUCGGUAUAUGAUGCUUAUGAAGUUUCGGGACGGUGCAGAGGCGAGGAAGUGGAGGAGGGAGUGGGAUGGGAAGGUGUUUAAUGGGAUGGAGCCCGAAAACUGCCAUGUCAUGUUCAUCAAAUCGAUCCACUACGACACCCUCCCCUUCUCCAACCAAACCGACGCCACAGCCUCCUUCCCGGACAUGUCCCUCGACCCCUUCACACCCACCUCACCACUCGCCCUCAAGCCCCUCCCGCCCCCGACCGCCUCCCUCGUCGAACUCCCCACCUGCCCCGUCUGCCUCGAGCGCAUGGACGAGACGACCGGCCUCCUCACCAUCCUGUGCCAACACGUCUUCCACUGCGCCUGUCUCCAGAAAUGGCGCGGUUCAGGCUGUCCUGUGUGCAGACACGUGCAGCCUGCGAACUCGCUCAGCACACCUUUUGGAUUCACAGCCGCGACGCACGACCUUAAUCUGUGCCAGGUGUGCGCUUGUCCCGAGGAUCUGUGGAUCUGUCUUAUUUGCGGGAAUGUGGGGUGUGGCCGCUAUAACGGGGGCCAUGCGAAGGGGCAUUGGAAGGAGACGGCGCAUAAUUACUCGCUGGAGACGACGACGCAGCAUGUGUGGGAUUAUGCGGAGGAUGUGUGGGUGCACCGACUGCUGCAGACGAAGGGGGAUGGCAAGAUUGUAGAGCUACCCGGGAGCAGUCGCGCUGUGCUGGGCGGGGGGAAUAAUCGCGAUGGCGGCGGCGGGCAACAGGAUCUGGAAAUGGUGCCGAGGGAGAAGAUGGAGAAGAUCGGGAUUGAGUACGGGCAUAUGCUCGCGACGCAGCUUGACUCACAGAGGAUGUAUUUCGAGGAGGUAGUAGCGAAAGCGGUGGACAAGGCGGCUGGGUCGGUGAGGGAUGCGGAGCGGGCAGCGCGGGCGGUGGAGGAGGUGCGGGGUCAACUGGAGGUGUUGGAGAGGGAGCACAGGGAGAUGAGAGAGGAGGUUAUCCCCGGGCUGCAGCGAGAUCGUGAUCGCAUGGCGGCCAAAGCCGAAAAGGCGGGUGAGCUGGCGCGAAGCAUGACGAAGGCGUUCCACGAGGAGAAGCAGGUUGGACGGGGCCUGAUGGACCGGGUGGGCCAUCUGAACGAGGCGCUCGAGAGGGUGCGGAGGGAGGUGAAGGAGGUGAGGGAUGAGAAUGUGGAUCUGAAGGAGCAGAAUCGCGAUUUGGGGUUUUUUAUUAGUAGUCAGGAGAAGGUGAGGGGGUUGGAGGGGAGUUGGGGAAGGAGGUUAGGGAGGGGACGGUGAGUUUGCCGGAGGUGAGGCAGGAGAAAGGGAG